UAAACAGUUCCGUCUAAUUUCAUAUAAAUAAGGAAUAAAAUGAUGAAACGCAAACUUAAUGAUGGCAGAAGCGCACAGAACCCCGAGCAAAAGCGACCAAGAAGCCAGACCAGUUAUAUAGGAGAUCCACGACUGAUUCCACGUGUGAGACAGUAUUUGGAUGCUCAGAAGUCAAAAAAUGUGAAUCUGCGGUCGAUGGCAGAAGAUCUACAGAGGCAGUAUGGGGAAUAUGGAAGAAAGAAGAAGAAUGCUUUUUUUAAGUCUGUAGAAAAAGCAUAUGAAUUGAUUAAAGGCAAAGAGAUGGAUAAUUUGUCUAGACUGGAGCAAAAACAUCUAAGCAAGCGUAGAACUUCAUCCUCAAGUGAUUCAGACUCAGGUUCAGAUGUUAUUGCUGAUGACAGCGAUGUUAGUUUUUCUGAUGACAACCCAAACUACAUAAACUACCAGGAUUCCAAUGCUAUGAACAGCAUGAUGUCAAGCAUUUACAGAAACAUGUCAGCACCUAGCACAUCCACCAUGCCUUCCUUAUCUCUUGGUCCAGGACCUCUUGUCCUAGAUUCUGGGUACAGGAGUCCAGUAUCAGCUGGAGCAGAUGCUUGCAUCACUAUAGACGAUUCCUCAGAAUCAGACAGAGAGAUGGCAUCCACCAGCCAGGAUUCUAGUACUGCCUUCUUUUUGGACCGAGUGGGAGACCAACCACAGACAAAGAAGGAUACUGACGUUAGUGAUCCCAGUACCCAGGGUAAGGUACCUAAUGUUUCUGUCUGUCAAUCACCUGCUCCCCUUGUAGAGGUAGAUGUACAACCACAGGGUAGUCAGAUUAAGGAGAAGAAGACUGGGAGUAAGGCAGAAGUUAGCACCAAAGGAAAAGAGUCUGAGGAGGUUAACUCAGGGAGAAAAACUCCAAGAGCAAAUAAGAUGAAGAAAUCCAGCACUGAGGGAGAAAGAAAGGAGAAAAAAUCUAAAUCAGGUGCAGAAGUGCAAACCUCCAGUGUGACCUUUGCUGAUGUUGGGGGAAAUGAUUCUGUGUUGAUGGACAUUUGUAAAUUGCUGGUACACAUGAGACACCCAGAAGUCUACAGACAGCUAGGAAUCAUCCCUCCCAGGGGAAUUCUGCUGCAUGGACCCCCAGGUUGUGGAAAGACAUUGCUUGCUCAUGCCAUAGCAGGGGAGCUGAAUUUGCCAUUUCUGAAAAUUGCGGCCACAGAGAUUGUAUCAGGUGUUUCUGGAGAGUCUGAGGAGAAAGUCCGGGAUUUGUUUGAACAGGCUGUGGUAGCAGCACCUUGUGUUCUGUUCAUUGAUGAGAUCGAUGCUAUCACUCCGAAAAGAGAGACUGCCUCAAAAGACAUGGAGAGACGUAUUGUGGCCCAACUCCUCUCCUGCAUGGAUGAUUUGAACAAGAAAGAAGAUGCACAUGUGCUGGUUAUUGGAUCAACAAACCGUCCGGAUUCUCUGGAUCCAGCUCUACGUAGAGCCGGACGGUUUGAUAAAGAAAUCUGUUUGGGAAUUCCAGAUGAAAAAGCCAGAGGAAGAAUCUUACAAGUACUGUGUCGUAAUUUGACCCUGAGCCCAGACUUUAACCUUGAAAGUAUUGCCAAGAAUACCCCAGGUUAUGUAGGGGCUGACCUAACAGCAUUAACUAGGGAAGCUGCCAUGUUAGCUGUUAAUAGAGUCUUUAAAAAUCUGCAGUCCCACCCAAGCCAUCUAAGACAGAUGUGUGAUCAAGAAGUCUCCUGUAACUCUAGUACUGAAAAAGAGUUACCAGAAAACCAGUCAAGGAAGACCAGUGAACCAGAAACCAAAUCUUCAGAUCAACCAGAAAUCUGUAAUAAAAAAGACACUACUAAGUCAGAUUCCACCAAAAUUAGUCACAAAGAAAUGUUAGAGAAUAUUAAAGAUUUGUCUGUGCCUGAAAAAGACAAUGAUAGUGAAAGUGUAAAAGACAGUAGGGAGACUUUGGUUAAUAGUAAGGAUAGUAACUCAGGUAGUGUUGACAAGGGAGAGAACUCAGAGGACUGUUCACAGAUUCUCUCUACAUCACAAACCUCAGAAACUCAACACAGAAAUGUGCAGUCAAACAUAAAGGACAUUCACAAAGGAGAGGAUCCUCAACUAGAAUACUUGUUACACCUACUGAAGAAUCAACCUCCCCUGACAGGUGAACAACUCCAGGGAAUGUCUAUAACCAUGCAAGACUUUGAGGAGGCCAUUAAACAUGUUCAGCCAUCUGCUAAGAGAGAAGGAUUUGCUACAAUUCCUGAUGUAACAUGGGAUGAUAUUGGAGCUCUGAAAGAAGUCCGAGAAGAUUUAGAACUGGCCAUUCUCGCACCUGUUCGGUAUGCUGACCAAUUCAAAAGUCUGGGAAUUAACCGUGCUCAGGGAAUUUUACUGUCAGGACCCCCAGGCUGUGGCAAGACUAUGUUGGCCAAAGCUGUAGCAAAUGAAUCAGGAAUAAAUUUUAUUUCUGUGAAAGGACCUGAACUUCUGAAUAUGUAUGUAGGUGAAAGUGAGCGAGCUGUCAGACAGGUUUUUCAGAGGGCCAGGAACUCAGCACCUUGUGUCAUCUUCUUUGAUGAAUUGGAUGCCCUCUGCCCUAAACGUUCUGAUGGAGGGGAGAGUGGCUCCAGUGUUCGUGUGGUGAACCAGCUUCUGACAGAAAUGGACGGACUGGAGGAGAGAAAGCAAGUGUUUAUUAUGGGGGCCACCAACAGACCAGACAUCAUAGAUCCGGCCAUACUUAGACCUGGUCGGCUAGACAAAAUUCUUUUUGUGGGAUUACCUUCAGCAGACGACAGGGAAGAUAUACUGAAAACAAUCACCAAGAGAGGAACCAGACCUUUAUUGGCAGAUGAUGUGAAUUUAGAAGAAAUUGCAAAAAACCCUAAAUGUGAAUGUUAUACAGGAGCAGAUUUAGCAGCUUUGGUGAGGGAAGCAUCCAUCUGUGCCUUAAGAACUGUAAUGAAGAGUGCCCAUGAAGGGAGACAACCUGUUGCAGUCAAUAAAGAACAUUUUGAUGAAGCAUUUGUUCGUGUCAAACCGUCUGUCCAGGAAAAGGAGAGAGACAAGUAUGCUAAAAUGCAGCAAAAUUUAAGACAAUGAGUGUAUCUAAACCAGUCAGAUGAUAAUGUUGUCAGCUAGACUAAAGAUGUAUCAAUUCCAUAUAAAAUCUCAACUCUGUUUCUUUUUUUAGAAAAGUGAUAAAUGUGUUUAUUUUUAAUGAUUUACACAUUACAGUAAAACAUGCUUUUAACAAAGUGCCAGGGAUGGACAAUUUUGCUUCGUUAUAAACAUAAUUCCUUACAUCCGUUGAGCGCACAAUGUACAUUGGGUUCACAAUAAGUGUGUUUUACUGUACACCCUUACUGCGACCAGGAGUUGAACUUCCAAUAGCAGGAGAAAAGCAUGUACAAAUCUUUUUCUCUUAGGAGAUAUAUGUCUGUGUGGAGUUUUUUUUUCACAAUGCCUGAAUUAAAGACAUUUGUAAUUCUUACAGAACAGAGCACUUGAUAUUUGGGAAAUAUCCAUUUAUUUGAAACUUCAGAGUGCAAAACUUUGAUAUCCUUAACUUGGUGGGACAAAUGAAUAAUGGUAACUGUUUUAGAUAUAACACAGAUUCAGAAUAUGGUUGAAGAUAUUCUUAUGUUUCAGUUUAUCAAUGUUUAAGUGUAAGAAAAGUCUGUUAAAAUUUAACCAUGAAACAAUAAUUUGUAAAAUGGUCAUAAAUCUUGUGAUUUCUCCAAAUAGAUUUGUGCCAAGCAUUUUAUGCAGAAGCUAUGAAGGGUGUGUGCACAUAUUAUAUAUGACUCCAGUUCAGUAUAGCUAUUUUAUUGUGUUAUUUUGCAUUUUAUCAGGGUUUACUGAAAAACAUUCAACAUAACAUAAGCCUAUGUUCACAGUGGCACAUUUUAUAAAUAUAUUUUGUAUAUUAAAAGUUCCAUUUUUUAUAUCUAGAAGAGACUGAGAGAUAUUUCAAAGAUGAAAGCCGAGUAUAUACAUGUACAUGUAGUUUCUUUAUUACCAGUGUUUUUCAAAGUAUUCGUAUGUAGUCUACCUUUCAUUAAACAGCAUUGUAAUGA